AUGGGAUUUAACGUUACACAAAUGUAAAAGCUGUGGGUUUGAGGACCACGCUUUUUAACUUUUUUGACUUUUUUGACUUUUUUAGCCUUUUUAGCGCCUUUUGGACCCACUUUUCAGGGAAUGCCCUCAAUUUUGAGAACGUUCUCCUUUUGAGAAUCAUUCUCAUAUAGGGAACGGGGCAGCUGUUAAGGUGUGCAUAGAUUAUAGGGAACGCUUUUUAAUUAUAGAACAGUUCUUCGUACCCACCCUACCCCGCUAUGGUACCUAUUAAUUAAUCCCUUAAAAAGAUUUGUUUUUUUAGCUCCUAGCAGAGCCGCAAAGGUCCCCUGUAAAUACAAGGCUUCACCGCUUUCAGUGGACACCCCGCAUCAACGGCGGAAUUCCAUUUAGAGCUUCCAUUGAGAAAAGAAAAAAAGCGGCCGCGCCAAAACUCGAUACUUCCGUCUCGUCCUUCCCACUUCCCACCUCCCAACCCGAUACGCCGCCACACCCAUUCAACAAAUCCAUCUAGAAACCAAUUGCCCAAACCAAACCAAAUCAAGCCAAACCAAAAAUAACCCUUCCCUCAAUAUGUCGAACCUCGCAGCGGGCGACGCGCAGCUCUUCGAAGACACCUUCACGGUGACGACCUACGACCAAUCCAAAUACGACCGCGUGGCGCGUAUCGGCGGCACGUCCACCGACAACCUGACGACGAUGCAGCUCGACAUCAACAUCGAGUUGUUCCCCCUCCGCGUCGGCAGCAACAUCGAGGUCGUGCUGGCUACUAGCCUGUCGCUCGACGGCACCAAAGACGAGGAGGAAGAGAAAGGGUGGCGUCACGUUCGCAACGAGUCGUCCCUCGCCGACAUGUACGACUACGUGUGCCACGGCAAGAUCUACAAGUUUGAGGAUGGUGUUGAUGGUCAGACUAUUCGCGCGUACAUCUCGUUUGGCGGCUUGUUAAUGAUGCUGGAGGGUCCCUAUAAGAAGUUAACGCCGUUGCGUGUCGACAACACCUACCUCCUAGUUAAGAAAUGAUUUGCUAUUGCAUAGCACUCUUUACUCGCCCAUCGGCGAGACCACGGCUGAUUCACGAUUUAAUGUGAGUUACAUAUAAUCUGGAGGCCAACGUGUAGAGAGGAUGGUUAUUGCAUAUUACAG